UAUGUAGAGUUUAAUAAAUGGAACUUUGGUACAGAAGCUGUCCAUCUGGGUCAGGAGGGAUGGCUGAGCUGAUAAUUUGUGGUAGCAGAAACACAGAUACCACAGUGACAGAACAAGACAUGAGUCCCUUUUAUUACAGAAACUACCUAAAGGAACAACAUGGUCCUGAACAUCAACUCUUAAUCUCUAAAAUGGGAUCCAAUACUUCUCUCUCAUUCUUGUUCCUCAGGAUAGCUUAACAAAAAUCAGAAUACACAGUAUUAAUAAUGCAAGCAUUUUUCCAACUAUUACUGCAAAAUAACGGGCUUAGUAAAUGUUGCCAAAAAUAUUGUUUAUGCUCAAAUAAGUUUAGCCAGUGCUAACUUUAGCUGGAAGUGCCCUCAAUGCAGGACUUCUGACCACCUUUUCUGGUAAUGUGCCUUGUUACUUUUCUAGAAAAACUAGAAUAUGCAGUGUGUCCUGAAUACAUGUGAUUGGGGCCCUUUUAUUUUAAACCAUCUGCUAACAUCUCUGUAAACUGGUGUUGUGAGAUCAUGGCAUGGCAGAGCUAUACUGGAUUCUCACAGAGGACCUUAGCCAAUAGCAUAAUGUAUGUUUUACUUAGUGCAGAUUUAUUUGCCUCAAUCACAGACUACCAAGAACACAGCCUUGAACCAGAUGUCAGGUGAGAGCCCCCAGAUUUAAGGAAGUGGUAAUCUAAAGCGAUAUUAACUUUGAUGAUUAUUGCUUUUGUUGAAUUCAAAUUCUGGUGUUGCCACUGACUUGAUAUGUCAUUUUUCAUCCCUAAGCCUCGGUUUCCUCAUCUGUAACAUGGGAAUAAUAAUAGCAUUUAAACGUUUAAGGCACAGACUUGUUCUGUAUAUUUUUUCCUUUUACUCCAGUGCUUAGUAUAGUUGAUAUUCAGAAUUUUUGUUAGAUGAAAGAAGUUUUGAAUGCAUGCAUGCAGGGAUCAGUGAAAAUUGGAAGAAAUAACAGAAUGAAAGAUUAUGUAAGACUGGCUCUCCCUUGAAGACCUAAAGGGAAGUACUAAACAAUAAAAAGAUUAAUGUGCAUUGGGUUUAGUCAAUGAAAACCUCUCAGAGGAGGUAUCGUGAACUUGAACAUAAUUUUAUGCCAUAACCUUUCAUAAAUAUUACAUUCUACUCCUGGUUGUAAAGAUUAAGGAUCUUGGUAUUACUAAAAGGAUCUAGAGUUUCCACAUGUACAGAUUAAAAGACAAUAUAUUUACCCUCUUCUAUCCAGAGUUUGUCCUGCUAUUGAUUCUUAAGUGCCAGUACGUUAAUACAAUAUAGCAGAGCUCACACAGCAGAUUUAGACAGUCAACUCAGUAGUAAUGUGUUGGUUCUACCUGGGCAGUCUUCAUUCUGUAGUCCAUAAAGAAUGAGAUGCUAGAUUUACAUCCUAUCAACAGUAAAUUAUGUAGACAUCCUCAUUAUUUAAAAUGAUUGGUAUAUUUGUUUAUAUGGAAGUAUACAUUUUUUACAAGGUAUAAUUGUAAGCAACAGAUGAUAUUACAUAAGUAAGUCAGCUAUAGAUGAGUAGAGAUGUUUUUCAGCUUUUGAAAGUACUUUGGAAGAGUUUGGAAAUAAUAUAUACAUUUUUUGUAUAGUACUUCAGUACUGUCCCUAAUACGCUGGUGGUGUACAGAACUUAGAAAAUCAAUACAUUAUUGAGUAUUACUUCAAAGUUUUACUUGUAGGAGAUUUGUGAUUUGAAAAUCAGAUUUAUUUUACGUAUGGAAUUAAUACGACUAUGGAGGAAUAAAAAGGAAUUUCUAAGAUAUAUGAGAUUAAUAUUUCAACAUUAAAAAUAUUGGCAUUUGAUAGAAAUAGGUUUUUAUCUGUACUUUCUGGCUAUAUGUUACUACCAAAGUUUAAUUUGAAAAUGAAAGUUUGGUGAAGUAGAAGCCUUAGGUUAGUGACUUAGGAAUUUCAUUUCCAGGAUAAACCAGUCUUGGUAAUACUCCAUGUCUGUUUCUCUACGUGGUUGAUUCUCUUGUUAAUGCUGUCCACCUUUGUUACCUCUCAGAUUCAUUUUGAAGCACAUGAAUAUUAUUUAGGAAGUGUGAAAUAUAUGUAAAUGCAAGGUGAUUGUGUUAUUUUUGCUAUUUACAACAUUUUCUGUAUUGAACUCCAAAACAUUAAUAAUUACCUGCAGGAAUAUAUGCUUAAAUUAAAAUUACAUGUGAAAUUUUUAGUUUGUUUGUUUUAGUGAAAAGACUACAGUUAAGGUAGAUAAAUAUACAUAUUUUUUUCCAUAAAGUAGGAAAAUGCAUCUCGUUUAUCAGAAGGUACAGCUCCUCAUAUUUCAGAAGUGUGUAUUAAUUUUGUACCAUGUCACAUAUAAUAGGAAUCUAUAUAUAAUAUAUUCACAUAUAUAUGUAUUUGAAUCUGAUAGAAAAAUAAAACAAUAGGGAAAGAGGACCUACCUUAAAAAGUUUUGUAAUAAGAGGUAAGUAUUAUGUAAAGAAUAUAUAAUAGUUAAAAAUACAGCCUAAGUUCAAAUAUUUCAAGAAGAAACAAAAAAAGUGUUUUUCUUCAUAAAUCAAAGAUAUAAUAAUAAGUGCUCCCAUUUAAUUAAUUUUAAUAGUACUGAACAAAAGCAAAAGAGUUAUGUUAAGAAAUCGUUCUAUGGGCCAAUGGCCAUUUCAUUGUCAUAAAAAUCCUUUAUUUAGCCUUCUCCACAAAUAAGCUCACAGCAGGACAAAGGACACUAGUUAGAGUAAUUUGGGCGAUAAGUAAACAGAAGGAAUGGCUAGGAGCAUAGUGUCAUCUGGCAGAGAGCUUAUUUCCUGAAUCCUGUGGAUCUGGUUAAAACCCAACAGAGAUGCCAAUAUGCUUCUCCUCAGUAAAUGCUACCAGUCCCCACACCACCAGGCCCACCGAAGCUUGUCUACAGUAUUUUAUCCAAGCAAUCCUUUGGGUAACUGCACAGUGCCUGCAGUGACCUGAGUCAGUCAUGCAAGGAGACUUUCUUGUUUUCACACCAAUGUUUUAUUUCAGUUUCCAUUUUCUGCUGGUCCUGUUGUUCAAUGAUAUAAGCAGAGUGAUGAAGGAGGCACUUCACACCCUUCUUAGAUAAGAUCUUGAGCAGCAGAGAGUGGUUUAAACAGCAAAGCUUAAAUCUCUGAAGCUGGAUUUAUUUGCAAGGUUGCUGUCAUGUGCGCACCUGGGAUUCAUGUCUCUUCAGAAGGAUGGGAAGAAGUAAGGUCUGUUGAUUCCGAAGAGAGAACAAUUGAAGCUCGACGAGGAGUUGCUGGUGAUUUGGAUUAUUAUUGGUUGGAUCCUGCCACGUGGCACAGCCGGGAGACAUCACCUAUUAGUUCGCAUCCUGUAACGUGGCAGCCAUCUAAAGAGGGGGACCGAUUAAUUGGACGUGUUAUUCUUAACAAGAGAACAACCAUGCCCAAAGAAUCGGGUGCAUUGCUGGGUCUGAAAGUUGUUGGAGGAAAAAUGACUGACUUAGGACGACUUGGUGCUUUCAUCACCAAAGUAAAGAAGGGUAGCCUAGCAGAUGUAGUUGGACACCUAAGAGCAGGGGAUGAAGUUCUAGAAUGGAAUGGUAAACCCCUGCCGGGAGCUACAAAUGAAGAAGUUUACAACAUUAUUUUAGAAUCAAAAUCAGAACCUCAAGUUGAAAUUAUUGUUUCAAGGCCUAUUGGUGACAUUCCCCGGAUUCCUGAGAGCUCCCACCCUCCGCUGGAGUCCAGUUCAAGUUCCUUUGAAUCUCAGAAGAUGGAAAGGCCUUCCAUUUCUGUUAUUUCUCCAACAAGUCCUGGAGCUCUAAAAGAUGCCCCACAAGUCUUACCAGGGCAACUUUCUGUGAAACUGUGGUAUGAUAAAGUGGGACACCAGCUGAUUGUAAAUGUUCUGCAAGCAACAGAUCUACCUGCUAGAGUAGAUGGGCGUCCUCGAAAUCCCUAUGUAAAAAUGUAUUUUCUUCCAGAUAGAAGUGAUAAAAGUAAAAGGAGGACCAAAACAGUAAAGAAAAUACUAGAACCAAAAUGGAAUCAAACUUUUGUCUAUUCACAUGUACAUCGUAGAGAUUUUAGAGAACGAAUGUUAGAAAUAACUGUGUGGGACCAACCCAGAGUGCAAGAAGAAGAAAGUGAAUUUCUUGGAGAGAUCCUCAUAGAAUUGGAGACAGCGCUUUUAGACGAUGAACCGCAUUGGUAUAAACUUCAGACACAUGAUGAGUCUUCACUACCUCUGCCUCAGCCAUCACCUUUCAUGCCAAGGCGACAUAUUCAUGGAGAAAGCUCUAGCAAAAAGCUACAAAGAUCUCAGCGAAUCAGUGAUAGUGACAUCUCAGAUUAUGAGGUUGAUGAUGGUAUUGGCGUAGUUCCUCCAGUAGGCUAUAGGUCUAGUGCUAGAGAAAGUAAAUCUACAACAUUAACUGUGCCAGAACAGCAAAGAACAACUCAUCACCGCUCACGUUCAGUAUCUCCUCAUCGCGGCAAUGAUCAGGGAAAGCCGCGUUCACGUUUACCAAAUGUGCCAUUACAGAGGAGUUUAGAUGAAAUUCAUCCAACAAGAAGGUCACGUUCUCCAACCAGACACCAUGAUGCCUCCCGAAGUCCAGUUGAUCAUAGAGCCAGAGACGUGGAUAGUCAGUAUUUAUCAGAACAAGACAGUGAGCUUCUUAUGCUGCCCAGAGCAAAACGAGGACGAAGUGCAGAAUGCCUACAUACUACCAGGAUGCAAUGCACUGGCACUAGUGAACUGCAGCCCUUUCUUGACAGGGCUAGGAGUGCUAGUACCAACUGCUUGAGACCAGAUACUAGUUUGCAUUCACCAGAACGAGAAAGGCACUCCAGAAAGUCUGAAAGAUCUAGCAUCCAAAAACAGACUAGGAAAGGCACUGCCUCUGAUGCAGAAAGGGUUCUCCCAACAUGUCUUUCUAGAAGGGGACACGCAGCCCCAAGAGCAACUGAUCAGCCAGUCAUUAGGGGAAAACAUCCUGCUCGCUCAAGGUCGAGUGAGCACUCUAGUGUCAGAACACUGUGUUCUAUGCACCACCUUGUCCCUGGAGGGUCGGCGCCACCUUCUCCGCUUCUGACAAGAAUGCACCGACAGAGAAGUCCAACACAAUCUCCUCCAGCAGACACAUCGUUCAGCAGUCGUAGGGGAAGACAGCUCCCACAAGUGCCAGUGAGAAGCGGCAGUAUAGAACAAGAACAAGAAAAAUAUAACUCUUCCACAAAAGCAAGCUUAGUAGUGGAGGAGCGAACAAGACAGAUGAAAAUGAAAGUGCAUCGAUUUAAGCAGACAACAGGGUCUGGUUCUAGUCAAGAACUUGAUCGCGAGCAGUAUUCCAAGUAUAACAUACAUAAAGAUCAGUACAGAAGCUGUGAUAACGUCUCUGCCAAAUCAUCAGAUAGUGAUGUCAGUGAUGUGUCCGCCAUUUCCCGAACCAGCAGUGCCUCACGCCUCAGCAGCACAAGCUUUAUGUCAGAGCAAUCUGAGCGCCCCAGGGGUAGAAUCAGUUCAUUUACCCCCAAAAUGCAAGGCAGACGGAUGGGGACUUCAGGAAGAGCCAUCAUGAAGAGCACCAGUGUGAGUGGAGAGAUGUACACACUGGAGCAUAAUGACGGCAGCCAGUCAGACACAGCUGUUGGUACAGUUGGAGCAGGUGGAAAGAAACGGAGAUCCAGCCUUAGUGCCAAAGUGGUUGCCAUAGUGUCUCGAAGGAGUAGAAGCACAUCUCAGCUUAGUCAAACAGAGUCGGGCCACAAAAAGUUAAAAAGUACCAUCCAGAGAAGUACAGAAACAGGCAUGGCAGCUGAAAUGAGGAAGAUGGUAAGGCAGCCGAGCCGAGAGUCUACUGAUGGCAGCAUCAACAGUUACAGCUCUGAGGGCAAUUUAAUAUUUCCUGGAGUGCGACUGGGAGCUGACAGUCAAUUCAGUGAUUUUCUUGAUGGAUUGGGACCAGCCCAGCUUGUUGGCCGCCAAACUCUUGCCACCCCUGCAAUGGGUGAUAUACAAAUUGGAAUGGAGGACAAAAAGGGCCAAUUAGAAGUUGAAGUUAUUAGAGCACGAAGCCUCACACAAAAGCCUGGUUCCAAAUCUACACCUGCUCCAUAUGUCAAAGUAUAUCUUUUGGAAAAUGGGGCCUGUAUAGCCAAGAAGAAGACAAGAAUUGCACGAAAAACCCUUGAUCCUUUGUAUCAGCAGUCUCUGGUUUUUGAUGAAAGUCCACAGGGUAAAGUUCUUCAGGUGAUUGUCUGGGGAGACUAUGGCAGAAUGGACCACAAAUGCUUUAUGGGUGUGGCUCAGAUCUUGUUGGAAGAACUCGACCUGUCCAGCAUGGUGAUCGGAUGGUACAAAUUGUUCCCACCGUCCUCACUGGUGGAUCCCACACUCACUCCCCUCACCCGCCGGGCUUCCCAGUCAUCUCUGGAAAGUUCAACUGGGCCUCCCUGUAUUCGAUCAUAGUGAACUCAUACCAGAGUCAUUCCAAUAAAACUCUACCUUUCAGGAUAAUAAUCUGAACCAGAUAUUUCAUGAUCAAAAGCAUUGUUGGAGACAGACAAUCAACUUGUGUUUUGCCUGUAGUAGUUUUUCAAUAAUAUGUCCCAAUUGUUAUUUAAAACAUGGCUUCAUAUGACAGAACAAGGCAAUCUAUCAAAUUACAGGAAGAAUCAACGUGCUGGUGAGAGUCACUGAUGCUUCUAACAAAUAGAAAAAGAGGAAACUUUAAAUCUACACAUACACCUACACACACACACACACACACACACACACACCCCAAAUUGAACAAACUGGAAACUCUCACUCUGUGAAAAGUUGUAUUCUACACGUUUCUGCACAGACCACAAGCAGUGUUAUUUCCCUGAUGUUUGAAUUGUUUUGUUCUUUUGUGUGUUUUGUUUAUUUGUGUGUUGUUUGUUGGUUUUCGUUUCUUGAGGUUUUUUUUUUGUUUGUUUUCACCACAUCUGUUAUUUCCACUAGUUUUUUUGGCUGUGUCAUGACAGGCCUCAUGAUGCUAACAGAGACUCUUCCCUUCUUUUUUCCAAAAGCACCAAAAAAAGGGCUGAAGUGGUCUCUGUGGCAUCUCCCCAAAGUGUUAAACAGCUACAUAAGGUGAAGCCAAAGAAGGGUUUCACUAGCUUUCAUUUUAUAAUUCUUUAAAGUCUUACGUGUGGAAACCCAAAAGACAAAAAGUUAUCUUCCAAAAUAAAUAAUCACAGAAGUACUUUUUUAAUGAAGAGCCUAUCUGUUUGCAUUCUAGAAAAUUAAUUUAUGGUUUCCAUUGUUUUGCAUGGAAGACUUUUAAAGAAGUCAAUCUGCAACUAAUGCUGGGGACUAAAACUAACUGCAUAAUUGUACUUUGAAAACACUCCUUGUAUUGCCUUUUUCUUCCUGAUAUUAAAAAAAAAAUGCUCAUGUGUAUAAACCAUACUUUGACUUCCCAAAAAUGGUGACUAGGAAUGGAUUUGAGCCUAAGACACUUUGAGCUACGCCCAGGCUUCUCAGCCAUGCCUCAGUGUAGACACACCCAUCUGCCCUGGAAAGAGCAUGGUAUGAGCUGUUCAAUAUUCCACUGGAAAUUCCAGUUGAAAUAUUCUGCACUAAACUAAUGUUUUUAUCGAAUUUUAGUUUACAUUUCUUUGAGAUUGAUGCAAGCACAAAGCUUGAUUUUUUAAUGCAAAGUAUCUUACUUUUGGGGGGAAAAAUAAACAAAGUCAACUUUCAAUUUGCAUUUUCUUCAUUUAGUUUUUCUUGGCCUUGAAUUUCCCUUGUGACAUUCUGUACAUGUGCUACAAACUGCAGUCUCUGCGGGUGCAUUGAUAUGUUCUCCCUCCUUUUAUGAGUCACUCCACUUUUGUGAUUACACAGAUAGAGCAGCAUGACUUGGAACUGUUCAAAGCUGCAUGCACAUUUUGUAAAAAAAA